AUGGCUGAGUUUGCAGUUCUGAGCGUAUUCGAGACAGCAAGCACCCGCACUGGAGGCAUGUUUGGCUCCAAAGUAAUGCUGGUCAAUGAGCGCUUUGCGAGAACGAACACACAGCUCGAACAGAUGCUUCCUUCCAAGUCAGACCACGCAAGUAUAUGCUGCGUUGCAGGUGGCAGCGCAGAGUCCACCGCGAUUUCCUCAUUCAUUGAAACGGCGGUGAAGAAGAUCCGUGAUACAUGGAAAAGGAGGUCACAGGAGGACUUCAACCCCAUCGGCCUUGGCGAAUCUACAGUGCGAAGCAAGUCAAGCACAGGGUCACUGAAACAAGCAGAAAAGAUAACUUCCAAGGACGGAAGCUCAUCGGGCCCCAGGCAUUUUUCAGUUUAUACAAGUCCGAAAGGCACUACAGGCUCUACAAUUGGCAGUCUUCACCUUUUACCUGCUCUUACGGACUUUUCCAUUGAUAAAAUGGACACAAAGCUACCCUGCUUUGUGAUGCCCCUCAGCCGGAAUAGUGUCUUCUCCGGCCAGGGGCAACUGUUGAAGGACCUUGCAAAAUAUCUCUCACCCAUGAACGACAAUGAUUCUGAAUUGUCCGAGGCAGGAUCCGGUACUCAUCCGCGAACUUUUGCGCUUUGCGGCCCAGGCGGCAUGGGCAAAUCUCAGGUUGCGGCUGAAUUUGUUUAUAGAUCCAGGGACAAGUUUGAUGCGAUUAUCUGGAUCUCAGCCGACGAUCCAACAAAAGUUUCUCGAAGCUUUGGCCUCGCAGCAGUCGCUCUUGGACUUGUUGAGGCAGAAUCUCUAGAAUCCAGAGAUCAUAUCUUGACCCGAGAUGCUGUCUUGGGAUGGCUUGCAAAUCCUGUGAUAUCAUAUAAGCAGCUUGGACAUACUCAAUCGAAGAACGAGGCCACCUGGCUGUUGGUAUUCGACAAUGUGGAGGAUACCGAUAUGCUUGACGAUUACUUGCCAGUAUACGCUUCCGGUUCAAUACUGAUCACAAGCCGCGAUCCUCUUGUGAAAUCCAACAUUUAUUCUCACAGGGAUGGAUUGACUAUGCCGCCGUUCGAUGCUGAGCAGAACAAUGCUACAGCAGUGGCUGAAAUUCUGGGUGGUCUUCCCCUGGCCAUAGUCCAGAUGGCUGGUGUAAUUACACGUCAAAAUCUAACCUUCUCUGAAUUUCUAAGCCGUUUUCAAGAUCAGAGCACUCAUGCAAGUCUUUUCAGUCUCAAACUCGGACCCUCGAAAGCUCGCGCAGGCUACGAGCAUACAAUUGCGUCUGUGUGGGCGUUGGAACAGCUGGGAGAAGGCAGUCAAGUCUUGUUGCAGGCCAUGUCCCUCCUCGAUCCAGAUAGUAUCCCGGAGUACAUUCUCGAGGAAAACCCGGCCGCAGGUACAUGGCCGGACUACCCAUCAACGAGCACCGAGUACCACAACGCUCGAACAGAGCUGAUGCAACGAUCCCUGAUUACACGCAACAAGGAGCAGAAGACACUCACCAUACAUCGGCUCAUCCAAGACGCAGUGAGGGCGAGAAUGACAGACUACGAGUUCAGCAAAGCAUUUAGUUCUGUGCUCUCCUUCCUCUCUGCUGUCUGGCCAUAUGAGAAGUUUAGUUUUGGAAGCGAAGUAUACCGGUGGGCUCGAUGCCAGGAACUAUUUUCUCACAUCCUCAAACUCCAAAAUCUGUUUUCAAGGUUUAAGGUACCAACGAAACUAACACAGAAUCAUCUGGAUGGCCCGAAGCUUUUCAUUGAUGCCGCAUCAAACACUAAUAUGUGGGGUCGCUUUGACGACACCAUUCCUCUCCUCUUUCUAGCAGAACUAUUGUGCGAUGCCUUGGGUGACGAGAAUCAAGAUGCUUCAUCUCCACAAGAUCUAAUUGACCAACUGGCCAUCUGUCGCCGAACCAUAAUUUACGAGCGUGGCGUUCAAGCUUUGCAUACUAACAACCCGCAAAUAUCUUUACUAAACAUGAAAAAGUUCGGCGAGCUUGUGCGAGACAGUUAUAAAGAGAAGCCCAGCGGCGGUACAGACCAAACAGUCGGUGUCUCUUGGAACGAGCUGGGAAACGCUUAUUUCCAGAACAACGACACCAUCGAAGCGGAAAAAUGCUUUCUCAAGUCGAAGUCGUUCUUUGAAAGCAUGGAAGAUGCAACAUCGAUCAGUAUCUCUAUGCCCCUCAUCAAUCUUGGCUUUGCAGCGUUGGCCCAGGGCCGGCUCAACGAGGCGGAGAUGAUUUUCUCUCAGGCGCUGACAGAUCGAGAGAAGGAAUACGGACGCGAUGACAAGAUUUCUUUUGUUACGGGCAAACUUCUCCUGGGCUACGGCAACGUCAAAUUCGCCCAAGGAAAACUCGACGACAGUUCACUGCUCCACCAGCGCUGUCUGCAGCAGUACAAAUCAACCGUAGGCAAUAACCACCGCCGUACUGCAGACAGCUGUGUCAAAGUUGCUUCUCACUUGGUACGAGUUGAGAAUUUCGAGCCAGCCUUAAUAUUACUCAACCAGGCCAUCAAGAUAUACACUGCGGGCGGACAUCUGCACUUUAUUGCCGAGCUAACACGUGCCCGCCGUAAUCGCGGAUUGCUGCUCCAGUCCCUUGGAAGAGGAGCCGAUGCAAUCACUGAUUUGGAUGUUGCAAGGGAAUUGUGGCAGAUAAUGUGUCCUGGUGACUGGAGGAAGUUUGAGGAUUUGAGUGAUGAGGAUUUCGAUCAGAAGAUCAUGUUUUGGAGACGUCAGCUCAUAAACUGCACCAUCCUGGCUCCCAUCAAUAAAGCCUCCCUCGUGAGUGGCUACUCCGACUUGCAAUGGGGGAUGCCGCCGCUGUCGGCCUAUACACCAUUUGAAUCUCUUCUCUUCUUCCAAUGUCUUGCGUCACUCAGCAGCCGACCGACUAACUUCUCCGCCAUCUCGGACACCCUGCGCAAGAAUCAAUUCAUCAAGGACAAUGCCGCUUUUGAUACCGAUCGAUUAAGCCCACAGGCUCUCGAGGAGCUUUAUACGACUCUACUACAGGAAGGCGUCGACGAGCCUUCGUCGGCCGGCGAGAAAACUGGUCAUUUACAGGAUGGGGCCGGUACAAACCCCAAGAAGCGCAAGAUCGCCAGCGGUAAUGUUGCCAGUGUUGGUGCUCCCCAGUCGCAUACUGCCCUUGUCCCAGAAGUGGUCUCGCAGCUCUACGCACGGUACAAAGAUCGAGUGACAAAGGAGAUUCGGGAUGAAGAGAAGAGGUACAGAGAUAUCAGUGAAGAAAUCAAGAAACUCCAGAAGGAUGCCGUCGAGGAAUCUGUGGCGACUGCUCCGCAAGGAGCCAAGGUUCCGGAAGGCCUGACUCCUGCACAGCCAAGUAAUGAGGACAUGGAUAUUGAUGUUAAAGACGACACCAAAACCGCAGAAGUUGUGGCUUCGACGAUUGCAAAACCUCCAGAACAACAUAAGGUUGAUCUACAAUCUCGACCGGCAAUACCAAUACCAAUACACAAAACAACACAGCCUCUGGUAGCCCCAGUCACAACUACCCCUAUACCAUCACUCCCAGGCCAUGAGCCGUCAAUUCAAGGGGUCCAAAAACAACAGCUGCCGCCACCAUCUAUACCCGUCCUACCGGAAGUUGUGCCGCAGCAGCUACAGUCACAACAAAUGCUACAACAGCAGCAGCAGACUAUCAAGCAAGCACCACCACCACUCGGAAUUCAAGCACCCCCUUCCGUCACUUUCACACCCCCUCUCAAAGCACCCGUCAAUGGAAAAGGCACUCCAUUGGCGUCACAACCUCCAGCAUCGUUACAGGCGUCACCUAAGGUUCAAGUCAAAGUGCCACCGCCUCCCCAGCAACCACAACGAUUACCACCACCUCCACAAGCUGCACCUCGUGUCGCUGCACCGAGUCGUGGUCAACCUACUCUUCCUGCCGGGUCAACAAUCGUGUUUCAGGCACAGCAAGGAACAAGUCUACCUGCUACACCUACAAACCAGCGUCAUGCUCAAAUAGGUGAAAGAGCUUUUUCCAAGGGAACCCCCGUUCCUGCCGGUUCUCCAGUGACUUCACAGCUAUCGCAAGCACAGCAGCCGUUUCAGCAGUGGACAGCACAUCCCAUUCCGUCCUCAUCUGUUCCGGCCACUCCAAAUGCACCGUCGCCAUCUGGCGCCCAACCGAUGCUUAACCGGCCUACGAUGCUAAAGCAAGGCAACCUUAUACCGCCAACGGAUGUUACUGGAAAACUAAUACCUAGUGCAUUUCAAAGCAAUGUGCCCUUUACCCCUGCUCCACUUCUUAGUGCUACGCAAACGCCAGUGGCGCAAAUGCAGCAGCAGCCACAAACAACACCUUUCACAGGGACUCCAUCGAUCUCUGUGGACGUGAAAAUUCGGCCACCUCGUCCAUCAAUGGAUACCGCUGGAUCACUUACACCGUGGAAGCGCACUCCAACUCUGCACAUCAAUAUCCCCGAGACUCCCGGGUCCCCUUCACGGCCAAAGCCCGAAGAUGUUAGCCCGAUCAGUGAGACGGCCUCUUCACCAAUCGAGCCCGCGGAGUCCCUUCUUAAAGAGACCAUGCCACGGGACAACCGCGGUCAACCCGAGACUGAACGGCCCCGCAGUGGCAGGAAACCAAGUGUAGCACCCUCUGGUGCCGAAACGGUGGUUUCAAAGAGCGAUAAAUCGACGGCUGUGUUGGGAAACAAACGCGCUGGUAGUACAACGUCAACCAGAAGCAGAGCAAGAUCAAUUGCCUCUCGAGAUGAAGAAUCGGCAACGGAUACAGCGGUAACAACUCAACGCAAAAUCAAGCACGAAGCUCCAUCCACGCCUGCUGGUGUAUUAGAGGAUGUCGAUGUGGAAACAAGAGCUGGUACGCGGCGUAAAGCAGUUGCGGCAACUAGUCUUGCUGAAGAGGCCCCUGUGAAAUCGAGGGCCAAACGUAAGCGUGGCGCCAGUGAAGCUUUAGAAGUUGAUACUGCGCAUCCAACACCGACUCGCGCCAUCUCAUCGCAAUUCGUUUACUGCACUCGUAACUUCACUCGAACCGGUGCGCCAAUCAUGAAUGAUGUGGCUGCUCAUAAGCAUGCUUCAAUUUUUGCGAAACCGUUGACUGAGAGGGAAGCACCGGGGUAUAAGGAUCUAAUCUAUCGACCACAAGACCUGAAAUCCAUCAAAUCGGCACUCACUCAUGGGAAUAAGGCUAUCGCUGCAGCAACUGAGGCAGUCAACACAGCUGCUGAGGGAGAAUCACCUAAUCCUGCUGCAACGGGGACUCCGUCGAAGAACACAGCUUGGCUAGCGAAGACACCUGAACUCAUCCCACCAAAAGCCAUUGUGAACUCAUCUCAGCUAGAGAAAGAGCUGAUUCGCAUGUUUGCGAAUGCCGUCAUGUUCAAUCCGGCUCCAGAGCGAGAACGUGGAUUUGGAGGAGCGUUUCGAAUGAGGAAGCCGAAUGAACCUCGACCUAGCUCUCAUCCCUGGGAACUUGAUGAAGGCGGUAUUAUUCGCGAUACGCGUGAAAUGUGCGAUGAUGUUGAAAAAGCAGUCACGAAAUGGCGCGCAGCAGAACGUACCACCACAACAGAUGACUCGGCUAGCAAGAGUAUGCUUUCUCUUCGAGGUAGCAGUGGCGAUAGUAACACGGAUGGUACGGAUGCCGAUAACAAGGGAUGA